GACAUUUUGCGACAAUAACAAACGAAUUUUGGUUUCCUCUCCUUUGAUGAUUUGUUUUGAUUUUAAAACACAAAAUCUUGCUAGACAUGGGAAAGAAUUAUUACUGUGAAUACUGUGACAAGCGCCUAAAGAACGAUGCACAAGUAAUUAAAAAGCACAUUGCCGGUUUAGCACAUACUGCAGCAAGAAAUGAACAUUACACCAAGUUCAAGGAUCCACAAACUAUUUUAACGGAAGAAUCGCCCAAAGCACCGUGUCAGCGUUACUUCCGCGGUGAAUGCAAAUUCGGUGGUAAUUGUCGGUUUAGUCAUUACACGCCGGAAGAACUAUCCAAUUUGCAAUGCGAAGUCAACACCAACGCGUACAUGAAAUGGUACCAGGAACAACCGAAAUCGAUCGAUGAAAAUCGCUUGGCAUCGUUUUUAUCAAGACCGGAAAAAUGUGACCCCGAAAUCAGGCAAUUGUCGCAAAUUUGGAACUAUCCCGACGAACUGGUGGCUGGUGUUUACGAUCUACCGAAAUCUCUUCAUAAACUUGAUCCGAAUCGUAUUCCGAACGAAUUGUCAGAAUGGGGAUGAUGGGCGAAAUAAAUGUGAGCUGUGAAGAU